GUGCCCGUUACUUGACGCCAGGGGGCGGAGUCACUGGAUGUUCAUUGGCGUGCGGGGACACAGCUGCACAUCCACAUCUGGAUGGGCAGAGUCGUGUUCGCCACACCAGGCGAAGGAUGUGAAAUUUGGACGUUUUCCGAGGUUGUCAGUGAAACAAAGCAGCAGCUCGACUCACCGGCUGAACUUUCAGGUGGUGUAAAUAACGGCGGGUCACCGAAGGCAGCACGCUGAAAACAAACUGCUGCAUUUUAAUGAGCUGACUUUAAGAUUCACGACCCAUCCAGAUAGCUACUGACCAUCCGUCCAGUGAACCAGUCAUGAUGGAGUCUAUCUUAGACAGUUUAACAGCAGAGAAACUCUAUCCGUCCGGAGGGACCAACCUGUUGGACCUGGAGGAGCUCAGCGACGGAGAUUUCCUCACUAACGUGCCUUUCUCUGGAGACCAGAUGGACGAAUUCAGCAGCGAAUUAUUCAACAGUUUCUUUGAUGACCACCUAUUAGAGCGCCCCCUGCUGGCAGACAGACCUUCUCUUUUACACAUGGACAUCGACAGCAGCCCAGAUAUCCAAGCAGAGCACAGCUACUCUCUGAGUGAAGACUCUGCCCCACAGAGCCCAGCCCUGUCAGUCAAAAUGGACCACGAGUCUGAGUUCGAAUGGAAUUUCAGUCAGGAUCUGUCGGCCAUCUUGGUGAAACAGGAGGAGCCUGAUGUGGGUCAGAGGUUAGAUCCUCAGCCUGUGGAGGGGCCACCUCUCAUAUUAAGCCCUGCUCCCCCGCACAGAGGAUGGAGACACACGCAGCGCAGUCAAGACGACGUGAAGCCGGUGGCCAUAAAAGAUGAACCCAGAGAGACUGGACAGUACCUCAGCGUGCCCAGCGACGAUGCCCUCCAGCUCCCGCCCACCCCUCCUAGCAGUAAUCACGGUGACAGUGACGGCUCCCUCCCUCCCUCCUCCCCACACCUCGCUCUGCCGCCAUCUUCCCCUCAACCCCAACAGAGGCCAGGAGGUCGUUCAUCCUCCUCCUCGUCCUCAGCCAUCUCCUCGUCACCUCUCCUCACUGCACCACAUAAGCUGCAGGGCUCAGGACCCCUCAUGCUGACAGAGGAAGAGAAGAGGACCCUGGUUGCUGAGGGAUACCCAGUCCCCAACAAACUUCCUCUGACUAAGAGUGAAGAGAAGGCACUGAAGAGAGUCCGACGGAAGAUUAAAAAUAAGAUCUCAGCUCAGGAGAGUCGGAGGAAGAAGAAAGAGUAUGUGGAGUGUCUGGAGAAAAAGGUGGAGAGCUACACAUCAGAAAACAGCGACCUGUGGAGAAAAGUAGAAAACCUGGAGACUGCCAACAGGUCUCUCCUACAGCAGCUCCAGAAGCUUCAGUCAUUGAUCUCGGGGAAAGUUGUUCCCCGUUCUUGUAAAAUAGCCUCAACUCAAACAGGGACAUGCCUCAUGAUGGUGGCUGUGUGUUUUGUCCUGGUGUUGGGCUCCUUCUCUCCCUGCCUCUCUUCCCUCUCCUUCAUCUCUCACACCCCCUCUUUGUCCUCCUCCUCCUCCUCCUCUCACUCCUCCUCCUCUCCUCCUCUUCCAUCAGCGGACCUGUACACCACCAGUCAGGUCCGUUCUCGCAGCCUGCUCUUCUACAACGAAGGUGCUCCACUGGAGGAGAGUUUAGUGACAACAGAAGGGGAGAGGCUACAGUCAGAAGCCCACUCCCACAUCCAGACAAGUCGCUACAUGGCUGACGCCCAUAGCAACCAGACAGCUGGGCCCGAGUUAGACCGAAGAGAAACAACACCAGAUGGAGUCUCAGAGUUUUUCUGACACCCCUCUUCAACACGACUUCUCACCUCCAACCCCCAAAAGACCCAAAGCUCCACAUCACUAAUGGCUUCAUAUCAUCAUCUAACUGAACCAAAAGCUGCCGGUGUCAUCGUCCUCUUCAGUAACUCACCCUCUGCAGCCUCCUCCUCCAUAGCUGCUGCCCUAUGUAACUUCAAUUCUCUGCUUUAACAGACUCUGCUACAGCUGAAUAUACUUGAUUUUAAAGGGACGCCAUCAUUGGAAUUUCGAUUUUUAAGCAUUAAAAUAUUGCGGAAUUUUAAAUACCCAACUAAUGUCUUCAUAUAUAAACAUCCAUGAAGAAUAUUUAGUGUAAAAUACAUGAAUAAUAUUCCAGAGAUACACUGUAGAGUAACUUAGAGACUGUAACAUAAAUUACCACAAACUAGUCAAAACAUUGCUGCCAAAACAGGCAGAGAUUAGGCAGCUAGGCUGUGAUCAUCUGGAAGUCAGCAGUCUUAUCAUAUCAUGACAGAUCUGAAACAACUGGUAGUGACCACAGCCUAUUUUGCCAUGUACCAAAGGGUUUUAUGGGAAAUGUAGUGUCAGUGUUGAAGGAAAUGAUAAACCUUACACCUUUAAGAACUCACAUAAAUAUAUGGUGAAAAUUGACAGACCCCUAUGGAAUUCUAGUUUAUCACAUCAGUGCUUUAAUUUAGAACUAAUCACAUAACACACAGUAUGUUAUCAGAGAGCUGCAGCUAAUCAUUUUUGUGAUUAGUGAUUAAUCUAACAGUUAUUCUUUUGACUAAUCAUUAAUUGCUUAGUCCAAAAAAUGUUAGAAAAUAGUGAGAAAGGUCUGUUAGUUUCCUACAGCAGCAAAUCAUCAGAUUUGAGAAGCUACAACCAGAGACUUUUUUACUUGGUUAAUGACUUAUAAGGUAUUAAUCAAUUAUCAGAAUUGUCACUGAUUAGUUUUCUGUCAUCAACUAAUCCAACCCAAUCUGCGUUCCUACCAACACGUUAUAAAACUAGACGUACCAACAUGUUGAACUACAAACACAUUCUGUGCCAUUUAAAAAGUGCCUUCCACUCACUUCACACUAACUUGACCUUACAUCUCAACCUGGAAAUGUAGCAGGGCUGGGUGAGAUUCUGCUUUCUGUCAUUUGACCAGUUUCUUUUAAGUAAACAUACAGUAAACUGGAUGAAUGUCAAUGCUGUAUCUGUGUGAAACAUGUCACAUGUUUAUAGAAGUAAUUAGGGGCAUAAUAGUAAAAGCUUUGUGGCAGAUUCAGCUUUUUCACAAAGCAGUCUUGGUUUAAACAGUUAAAAAAGCUGUGUAAUGCACCUACAGUUAGAACUGUACACACAGUGUGUUGUCUUUUUUUCAUCUCUAAACUUAAAGAUAGCUUUACCUAUAAAGAUUCUGACCUAAAUCUUCAUCAUCAUUUUUGAGAGGAACCCAUAUUUUCAUAUCAACAGAUCAUUGAAGGGGUCCAGAGAGAGGCUGGGAAACAUGACGUAAAAGUAUUUUUAUGAAAUUUAAAAAUGUAUAUGUAAUAUAUUUGCAGCAUCAAAAAAGAGCAUAUUUAAUUUAUGCAACAAAAAAAGAAAUACUUAUCUGUCUCAUUUUUCUAAAUAAUGUCAAUGAAAAAACAUAAAAAAUCAACUUAUAAUAUAUUCUGAGCAUCAAAAAAGAGCAUAUUUAUUUUAUGCAAAAAAAAGUUGUCAUUUAGGAUGAUGUGAGGUUUACAUGAUGGAGUGUAAAACUUUAACAUGAUCUGUUUAUGUCUUUUAACUGUAAUACAGUGUUUAUUGUUUCACUGCUGUCGCAUGAAAACCUCAGAGGGUCCUUGUUCCCUAUGUGAAGUGAAAGUAUCAUUAGAUUUUACAAUUGAACCUUAAAAUUUUUUUACUCAUAAGAUUUCUUUUAAGAUUUAUUAAAAACCAACUUGUCAUCUCAUCAAUACUAAAUGUGCUCAUGCUCAUGCGA